CCUCACCAUGACAACCCUGAGGAAGAAGAACCUCCAUCUUCUCCUGCUCGUGUUGACAUGAGCUGCUUCGUGGGGCCGCAGCGGAUCGUCCUUGGAUGGAGGCAGGUUCCUCUCCCUCUCCGGCCCGAGGUGUGAGGCUCAGCGGCGGUUUCUCCUCCUGAACAACAACAUGGCUCCUCUGCAGCAUCCUCCUCCUCCGCGGCUGCUGCUCCUGCUGCUGGCCUCCGCCCUGCUCCUCUCCUCCGUGCCGCUCACCGACAGCCGCUCCUCGCCCAUCGCCGACCUCAAGUCGAAGAUCUCCGGCGUGGAGGAGCUCCUGGAGGAGUUCCGCAAGCAGCUGCAGCAGCAGGACCGCGCGGCCGACGGGGGCGACUCGUGCGCGGGCGACUUCAGCGCCGUCGGGCAGCGCAUCAUCGGCACCAAGGCCUCCAUCGAGCAGGGGGCCACGUUCCUGCUGGCCCCGGAGCGGGUGCUCACCUGGAGGGACUGCCUGCACGCCUGCUGCUCGCAGCCGCACUGCACCGUGGCGGUGGUGCAGGAGGAGCCGCGUCAGCCCGGAGGAAGCCUCAGCUGCUACCUGUUCAACUGCACCUACCGGGGGAGAAGCGUGUGCUCCUUCGCCCCGCAGCCGGGAUUCAGCACGUACACAAGGGGCCCCAACGCCACCAGCGCCCCGGGACACCUCCCUGCCUUGGCCGGGGGAUCGGCCGGGGGACCAGCCGGGAGGCCCAGGGAGGGACCGGCCGAGGAGGACGAGGCACCAGGUGGGGAGGCGGUGGUGGAGAUCCGGGACGUGGACGAGCCCCCCCGCAGCGACGCCGGCCAGGACGUGGUGGUCCAGCUGCCCACGGACUGGGCGGUCCUGGACGGUCGGGACAGCGUGGACGACCGCGGCAUCAACCACUACGAGUGGAACCUGGUCAAAGGAGACACAGGCAUCGACAUGAAGGCGACGCACCCGGGGCUCCUGAAGGUCAGCGGCCUGCAGGAGGGCGUGUACGCCUUCCAGAUGACGGUGAGCGACAACGCGGGUCAGAAGAGCUCCGACAACGUCUCGGUCACUGUGCUGGCGCCCAAACACCAAGCCGAAGUGUGCACCGGUCACUGCUCAAACUACCAGUUCAGGUGCGAUGACGGCUGCUGUAUAGACAUCACCUACGCCUGCGAUGGGAAGCAGCACUGUCCAGAUCGCUCCGACGAAGACUUCUGCCCAAACUUUGACAGCAGCAGGAAGACGGUGAGCCACCCUGUGGACCUGCCCACCCCGCGUGGGGGUUCUGGGGCCCGGACGAAGGAGGCUGAGUCUGGGUCCAGGCUCCAGGACGGGGCCAGGGACCACCAGGAGAACAUCGUGUCACCUGAGGACAGAACCAAGACCGCUCCUCCUCAAAGUCCCGGUCAGCAGAGGACUUCAGUCACUCAAGAUCCCUGUGCUGCCGCCCCGGUGGUGGGACCGUGUAAAGGCAGCUUCCCCCGCUGGUACUACGACCACAACGCCGGCGAAUGCAAACACUUCCUGUACGGCGGCUGCCAGGGCAACCACAACAACUUCCUGCAGGAAUCAGACUGCAUCAGUGAAUGUAUACAGAAGAGUCCAGUUUUCAAACCUGCAACCGUGGCUCCUCCCAUCACCAAACAGACAGAGAUAGCUGCACCUAAAGUCUCUCAGAGCCAAUCAGAGAGCGACGUCCCCAUCUCCAAACCCUUUCCAGCGAUGGGAGGACAUCCUGUCCCGGAGUCAGGUGCCAUCCUGCCUCUGGCUCUCGGGCUCCUCAUCACUGCUCUGCUGCUGCUCAUGAUCGGCUGCCGCCUCAAACUCGUUCGCCACAAGCUGAAGAAAACCCGGCCCCUGACCACCGAGGAGUCGGAUUACCUCAUCAACGGCAUGUACCUGUAGCCAGAACCCGGGGCAGCGAGUUUUAACAUCUGAUGAACCAGUAAACCCGUUAAGGAUGUCGUCGUCAAAACACCAAGAGCCGACACCAGGACUUUUUUGAAAUUUGCACUCUGAAUGUCUCGUCUCUUAUUUGUCCUCACGUCAGGAAGGAAACAGCCCGACUCUCUGGUGUCAUGAACGUUCCCCUGCAUCUGCUGCUGCUGUCAGAACCGAUGACACAGAGUCAGACGCUGGAGAGUUCACACUGCUGCUCAAUCCACGAUGAAUGAGAAGGGAACUCUGUAGAACCUUUACCUCCGCCUAACAGUCUCCUUAAAUUCAAACAAGCUGCACCAAAUUACACACACUCAUAGAUAUCAAGCCCCAUGAAGCGAAGGCCAUCUGAUCCAGAACCGCACCAACAUUCAUUGGGUUCUUCCCCGACCCAUAUCACAUCCUUCCACCAAAUAUUGUGGUAAUCGGACAAGCGCAGACAAAAUAAUAACUUUCCUGGCGGAGGUAAAUAUCAACAUUCCUACUUCAACGCCUGUACACUAAUAUAUAUAUAUAUAAACAUAUGAUUGGAUUACCCCCCUUUCUUUAAAUGAUACCCAAUCCACAAAUGAGUUAAUUUAAUAUUUGAAAUGCUUUAGAUGUGACCUGGGGACAGAAGUGUUAAUACUCUGGAGGGCCUGAUGUUGGAGUUAUUCUUUAAUAUCCCAGACCAGUAGUAAACAUAGUGAUGUCUGUCCAGUCCCUCUCCUGCCCGGAUCUGUUACACACGUCUUAAUCAAGCAAACAUUUCUUUGUGAAGUCUGUCACUGUCUGUGUGUUUCCUCUAAGUGCUGUCCUACAUGUCAGAUAUUAAAGUUUAUUAUAUAUCCAACAA